AUGGUGCGCGCCACGCACGGCGUCGCGGCCGGAGCGUGGUACUUCGAGGUCAAGGUCCUGCACCUCGGCUCCACCGGCCACACCUGCCUCGGGUGGGCAACCAACAUGGCGGACAUCGACAUGCCCGUCGGUUGUGGCGAGUAUGGCUUUGGGUACCGUGACACUGAUGGCGCAAAGGUGCACAUGAACUGGAGGAACAACUAUGGUCAUGAAGGGUACGGAAAAGGAGAUGUGCUAGGGUUCUACAUCUCUCUGCCUGAUGGCGAGAGGUAUGAGCCUGAAGUGCAUCUGAACAACAAGGGCAAGCCUUUUCUUGUGCAAGGGCAGGACGCACUGGCUCGUGUUCCAGGGAGUAAGAUAUGCUAUUUCAAGAAUGGGGUAAGCCAAGGCCUUGCCUUCGAGGACAUUUUGGGAGGUAUUACCCAGCUGGAUCGUUGUAUACUAUGCCCAACAAGCACAACUGUGUAG